AUGGUCGGACCAGUCACUAAGCCAAAGAUUGUCAAGAAAUAUACUGGACACUUCAAAAGAUUCGAUUCAAAUAGAUUCCUUCGUGUUAAAGCAUCAUGGAGAGUUCCAAGAGGUAUUGAUAAUAGAUUAAGAAGAAAAUUCAAGGGAACUAAUCUUCUUCCAAAGAUUGGAUAUGGAAGUGCUAAGGCUACUAGAAAUAUGCUUCCAUGUGGACUUUAUAAAUUCCCAGUUCGUAAUACAACCGAUCUUGAAAUGAUUAUGAUGCAAAACAGAAAGUAUGCUGCUGAAAUUUCACAUGCUGUUUCUGCUAAGAAGAGACAAGAAAUUAUUCAAAGAGCAAAAAUUUUGAAUAUUAGAGUUCUUAAUGCUGAAGCUAGAAUUAAGAAACAAGAAGUUGCCCAAUAAAUUGAUGGUUUUUGACG